AUCGGGAGUUUAAAAAUUCAAACUGCUUUUAGCUGUGGACGUGUGAUCUCGGAGACUGCUGCACUAUUAGAGGGGAAAAUGGAGGCACUAGGGGACCGUCUGAAGGUGAUGGUUAAAGUCUUCAGGAGAGAGUGUCACAGGGUUUUACACUCAGAGAGGACCACCAUCCAUGGAGCUGAUGGCAUGCUGAUGUUGCUGCAGCUGGCCAUGGCAGACAUUAAUAAGCAGCACGGCGGAGAGUUCAAAGUGGCUCUGAGUGAUGUCCUGAUGGCCUGGAAACACUUACUGUUAGACAAACUUCACCUGCCACCCCCCAACUUUGCACGCUUGGAGAACUAUGAUCUCAUCCUGGAGGCAUACGAAUCCUUCCUGAAACGCUCCAACACUGUGGACCUGGUUGAUAUCCUCUCCAUGUACAAACAGCUGAGAGUAGAGGAGACAGACCCUGGGGAGCCUGUGAGCCCGGUCGAGUUGUUUAAGUUCUUAUCAGGAAACACGGAGGUCUCAGAGUUGCCAGACUCUUCAGUCCCGUCAACACCGUCCAGUAAAAGCAGGCCCUGCAGCUCCCAGGUGAAAACGGCAGUGAGACGGGUUUUCUGCUCCUAUCUGAAUUUACUUGUGAACAUCAAGAACGACCUGGCCUUGGCGCUAACCCUUGACGUCCCUAGUCGCACUCUUGGACGUCAGGCAUUCACUGACAUAAAGCAUGCUGCACAGAACAACAACACUUCCCUCUUCUUGGCUGUGACAUCUUUUGUGAGGGCCAUCCAGCUCGGAGGGAAGGGCUACGCUCCAGCUGAGUCUGACCCACUGAGGAAACACGUUAAAGGCCUGUCUGACUUUGUCCAGUUUCUAGACAACCUGGAAGAAAUACUAGGGGAGAUUCCUGACCCAAGCGUAUGUGGAGCCAGGCUGGUGACCGCCGUCAGGGCAGCGCUGGUGAAGGGACGCAGCAGCGGAGAGGCAGUGUACGCCGCAGCUGAGGAGACGACAAAGGAGCUGAAGGAGAGGAUCUGCCAGCUACACCAGAUCCAGAAACAGAUUGCUAAUGGAAGCGGGACAGGGAUAAGCCCUGCCAGGCCAAAGCCUUAUGCAGUCAAUCACUGCACUGCGUACGGAGGUCGGGACACUGUGAAGGUACUGAUGGCUCUGCUGGAUGAAGAGGCGCUGACUCCUCCGUGUCAGAACAAGGCAGACCUUCUGUCUGAGGACCAGCCCGUCCUCAGUGGAGCAGAGGGAACCUGCGUCCUUGACUUGUUCAGAUCCCCUGAAGUGUCUACUGGAUGUUCUCCAGAACCUCUAAAGAACCGGGUCCAGAGCCGGCUAGACCUGCUCAAACCCAAGCCUAGAGACAAAGUCAUUCGAUCCCAGUUUGCGUGCACAUACAAAGAUGAAGAACUGCCACUCAACCGGGUGCUGGAGUUCCCCAGCACCAGCCAGGUCCCAACCUGUGUGCACCCAGCACCCAAACUCCAAACCCUCCCAGCUGUGGAUGAAGACUGCAGCUCUGAUGUGGAGCAGUCAACCCAAGCCAAGUCUACAUCUGAAUGCCCGAAUAAGGAGCAGAGCGGCGUGCAGCGGGGGGCUGCUCUGGCGCCAAGAAGUGGAAAUGCCCAAAACAGAGGUGCAGGCUCGGGCAAUAGGAAGAAAACCGUUGGCACUGAGACGCAGAGAAAGGGCAACAAGAGGAAGCAGGUGGAGUCAGAGCAACAUGGAGGUUCAGAGAACGAGCCUCCAGAGAAGAAGCAGCUCACUAGUGUCUCGGUCAAAGUGCCUGGCAAGAAUGUCGGCAAGGCCUCCAGUAAGAAGAAGCUGAUAGCUGGACAGGGAAAGCUAACCAGCUUCUUCAGAGUCUAAUGGUUGUUUGUACUGGUUUCAUGAUGGUACAUUGCGAGAACCUUCUGUCAAGCUGUGUUCAUACGAAGCAGCUGCAAUUUUUUUGAAAAAUGUUGUGUAGUACAUGAAUAUUCUAAUUAAGGCUGCUUUUAAUGAUGAUUUUUAGUCCGAGUUAAUCUGUUGACUGUUGUUUUAACAAAUACUUUUUGGGAAAUUUGCUUACUUGCUGAGAGUUUGAUGACUCUACGCUAAAUAUAAAGCUACAGCUAGCAAAUGAUAAGCUUAUUUUAGCAUUAAGCAGAGCUAAAAAGCUAGCCUGGCUCUGAUGAUUGAGAUAUAACAAGUUAAUUAGUACAAUUUAGAGGUGCUAGGCACAUCUUUAAAUCUUUAGACAGAGCUGGGCAAACUGUUUCCCUCCAGUUUCUAUGCUAAGCUAACUGGCUAACAGUAGCAUUUAGCAUACAGAUCGAUUUUUGUAUGAAGUAGACAAGAUUUAACAAGUUAAUUAGUAAAAUUUAGAGGUGCUACUGAGUGUCUGGUGUUGUCCCAAGUUUUAAAAAUCCAAACUGCAAUUCCAGUUUCUAUGCUAAAAUAAGCUAUCAGUUAGCAGCUAACAGACUAGCAAUUGCACUUUUGGUUUGUAUUAGUUAGCUUUGGAGAUUCUGGUUGGAAGCUUUUUUU